AGGUUAUGAAAGAUGGAGGGAAACACCCAACAGAAGCCUCCCAGAUCCUUAACAAAGAGAAGGAGAGACCUCUCUUCACCAUCUACAAUGUCCUACUCCUCACCAUGCUCUCCAUUCUUAUGUUCAUGACAGGAGUACAGUACAAUAUUUCCCAGAUGAUAUCCUACCAUCAGUCCUGUCAAUGGAGCGUACCCCAUACCUUCCUAGCAUUAGAACCUACAGUGUUGGUAGCAGUGAUAGGGGCUGCUACAUUUGUUACUGGUAUCUUGAGUGAUAAGUACGGGAGGAAGACCGUCAUGGUAGGUGUGGUAGUCGUCCUCUCAGCGGGUACUCUCGUAUGUGGGCUGGCUAAAGAAAUAAUCCAGUAUGAAAUUGGAAGAGUCACUAUAGGAUCCAGUAUAGGAGCACUGUUCAACCUGUGUAUUGUUAUGUGGCUGGAGAGUAGUCCUAUCAGGAUAAGAAAGCUGGGUAUUCUCGUUCUCAUGGUGAUGACGUCACUAGGACACGCUUCUAUUGUUAUCUACGACUAUCUUAUAAUGGUCCCCUAUGGUUGGAAUUUCGGGGUAUUGUUUAAUUUGAUCGUUAUGGUCCCAACCUACAUUAUACUGUUCACUCCGACGAAACGCCUCAAUACCUCAUGACUCAUGGGAGAAUACCGGAAGCUUUGAAGGUGGCCAGAAGAUGUGGCAUGAUCGAAGAGGAUUUAGCAGAUAAAACGGAGGAAGAUGACAAAUCACGAUCAGGAAGCUUCAAAGCGAUCUUCAGCACAUCUUAUAGAUGGACAACAGUUAAGCUUAUCCUUCUAUUCGGUCUGCACAGGAUGGUAGAAGUAGGUCUGAUAUUUGGGGUACCCUACCUACUUGCUGUUAACUUCUGUGAUGAGCCGGAGAGGAUUGCACAGAACAUGACCAACUGGGAUGAUCAACCUCCGGACACUUUUGAUUGUCUCCAUUUCUCUAUUAAUGACUACCUAUUCAUCUUCAGUUUUGCAAUCUUGGGUAUACCUGGGUUCAUGAUCGGAGCCAUAAUACAGUCGAACUAUCUGCGAAUCCCGGACCGGUACGGAAUCCUGGCAUUAUCAGUAAUAGUUGGAAUACUCCUAGUAUGGUGCUCUAUCUGUGAUACCUACCUUUACUGGAUGCUGGAACUCAAGCUGGGGUUGCUCAGGAUAUUCAUAUCUAGCCAGGACCAGGUAUUCUCGGUACUAAUCCCCUCCGUCUUCCCUACACAAAUCCGGAACGGAGCGAGCGGGUUCGUACGAGCUUGUGGCAUCAUCCUCUCUUCCAGCGGACCCUUCCUAACCAUAUGGUUCUUCAACUACUUCUCUGUUACCUGGUGUUUAGUUAUCCAGGCUGUUAUUUAUCUCAUGAGGAUACCGCUCAGUAUGAGGCUUAAAGCUUCUACUUCGCCUCCAGAGGACAAAUAUAGCAAAAAAUAUAGCACAGACACUAAUGAUGAGGGGGAUGACCAGUCUAUAGAUUCAUUUUGAAGAUAUUGUGUUUACUUAAAUUUAUUGUUGGACAAACUCGAGUGAAUAAGCUUCCAGAGUUGAAAAAUAAAACAAAACUUUAAGAACAAAGUCACUUCAAUUGUGUGAAUUGAAACAAGCGAAAGAAUGAGAAGUGACCCCAUUAACGAGCAUCAACCUGGUACAGACUAUCCUCUUCUGUUGCAAGCCAACAAAGUACUACCAGUUGAUACACCUAUCUGUACACUUUUAUAUACUGUACAGUAUAUAAAAGUGUACAGUGUAUACUGUACACUGCCCAGACUGGAGAGAAACAGUUUCUGGACAGUCAAUUCAAUGUUGAUAACCAUUAUUACUUUUAUUGUCAUUACAGUUUUUAUAUUUGUAUAAUUGAUUGAGCUUUAUAUGAACUAAGCUAAUUUAUUAUGUACAAAAUUUUAUUUUAUUGAAAAUAAUAA